AUGUUGUAUCAGCUAAGCAAAGCCACUACUAGAAUCCGGCUUAAAAGGCAAAAGCAAAAGCAAAGGCAAACACAAACUCUACAAAAGCAAACGCAAAGGCAAACGCAAAACAAAAAGCAGUCAAGAGAGCCGCCGCCGCAAGCAACAAACCGAAAAGCUGUUCCACAACAUUGCUGGCUCUGGAGUUUAGCAUUUCUGGCAGCAUUUACUCUGAAGGAUGUCCGUUGUGCGGACUUAGCCAUAAGUAUACCCAAUAACCCCGGCCUGGACGAUGGCGCCUCAUACCGCCUGGACUACAGCCCGCCCUUUGGCUAUCCGGAACCCAAUACGACAAUCGCCUCCAGGGACAUCGGGGAUGAGAUCCAGUUCUCCAGGGCCCUCCCAGGCACCAAAUACAACUUCUGGCUCUACUACACCAACGUUACGCAUCACGAUUGGCUGACCUGGACGGUGACGAUAACGACUGCUCCUGAUCCGCCCUCGAACCUCUCGGUGCAGGUGCGAAGCGGCAAGAAUGCUAUUAUCCUGUGGUCCCCGCCCACCCAGGGCAGCUACACGGCCUUCAAGAUCAAGGUGCUGGGCCUGUCGGAGGCUUCCAGUGCCUACAAUCGCACCUUCCAGGUGAACGACAACCAGCUGCAGCACAGCGUCAAGGAGCUGACCCCCGGUGCCACCUACCAGGUCCAGGCCUACACCAUCUACGACGGCAAGGAGUCGGUGGCCUACACCAGUCGCAACUUUACCACAAGUCGAAGGACGCGGCACAAAGAGCUGCUGGACAUAAAGAUCCUGAGAGAGCCCAAUACUCCGGGGAAAUUCAUCGUCUGGUUCCGUAAUGAGACGACGCUGCUGGUGCUCUGGCAGCCGCCGUAUCCGGCCGGGAUCUACACCCACUACAAGGUCUCCAUCGAGCCGCCCGACGCCAACGACAGUGUCCUCUACGUGGAGAAGGAGGGCGAACCCCCCGGACCGGCACAGGCGGCCUUCAAGGGUCUCGUCCCAGGCAGGGCCUAUAACAUAUCCGUCCAGACCAUGUCCGAGGAUGAAAUCUCCCUGCCGACAACGGCUCAGUAUCGAACAGUGCCGUUGCGACCCUUGAACGUGACCUUCGACCGGGACCACAUCACAUCGAACUCGUUCCGGGUGCUGUGGGAGGCGCCGAAGGGCAUUUCGGAGUUCGACAAGUACCAGGUAUCGGUGGCCACCACCAGACGGCAGUCGACAGUGCCGCGCAGCAAUGAGCCGGUGGCUUUUUUUGACUUCCGUGACAUUGCCGAACCGGGCAAAACCUUCAAUGUGAUCGUGAAAACGGUCUCCGGCAAGGUCACCUCGUGGCCAGCCACCGGCGAUGUCACGCUGCGACCCCUGCCCGUCCGUAACCUGAGGAGCAUCAACGAUGACAAGACCAACACGAUGGUGAUUACCUGGGAGGCGGAUCCGGCCAGUACACAGGACGAGUAUCGGAUAGUUUACCACGAACUGGAGACCUUCAAUGGCGACACCAGCACCUUGACCACCGAACGGACUCGCUACAACCUGGAGAGCCUGCUGCCUGGCAGGAACUACUCCCUGUCCGUCCAGGCCGUCUCCAAGAAGAUGGAAUCGAAUGAGACGAGCAUCUUUGUGGUGACCCGACCCUCAUCCCCCAUCAUCGAGGACCUGAAGAGCAUCCGGAUGGGCCUGAACAUCAGCUGGAAGAGCGACGUGAACUCCAAGCAGGAGCAGUACGAGGUUUUGUACUCCCGGAAUGGCACUAGCGAGGUCCGGACUCUCAUCACCAAGGAGUCGCGUCUGGUGAUCAAGAAUCUUCAGCCGGGAGCCGGCUACGAAGUGAAGGUCUUCGCCGUCAGCCACGACCUGAGGAGCGAGCCCCAUGCCUACUUCCAGGCAGUUUAUCCCAAUCCGCCACGCAACAUGACCAUUGAAACGGUGAGGAGCAACUCCGUCUUGGUCCACUGGUCGCCACCGGAGAGCGGCGAGUUUACGGAGUACUCCAUCCGCUACCGGACGGACAGCGAACAGCAGUGGGUGCGCCUGCCCAGUGUCCGGUCCACGGAGGCGGACAUCACCGACAUGACCAAGGGCGAGAAGUACACCAUACAGGUGAACACCGUGAGCUUCGGGGUGGAGAGUCCCGUGCCCCAGGAGGUGAACACCACAGUGCCCCCGAAUCCCGUCUCGAAUAUCAUUCAACUGGUGGACUCGAGGAACAUCACGCUGGAGUGGCCCAAGCCGGAGGGCAGGGUGGAGUCCUACAUCCUCAAGUGGUGGCCCAGCGACAAUCCGGGACGCGUCCAGACCAAGAACGUCUCGGAGAACAAGUCGGCGGAUGACCUGUCGACGGUGCGAGUCCUGAUCGGAGAACUCAUGCCCGGUGUCCAGUACAAGUUCGACAUCCAGACCACCUCCUACGGCAUCCUCUCGGGCAUCACCAGCCUGUAUCCGCGCACCAUGCCGCUCAUCCAGUCGGAUGUGGUGGUGGCCAACGGGGAGAAGGAGGACGAGCGGGACACCAUCACCCUGAGCUAUACGCCCACGCCCCAGUCCUCCUCCAAGUUCGAUAUCUAUCGGUUCUCGCUGGGCGACGCCGAGAUCCGGGACAAGGAGAAGCUGGCCAACGACACCGACCGGAAGGUGACAUUCACGGGUCUAGUGCCCGGCCGGCUGUACAACAUUACGGUGUGGACGGUGAGCGGGGGAGUGGCCAGUCUGCCCAUCCAGCGCCAGGAUAGGCUCUACCCGGAACCCAUCACCCAACUGCACGCCACCAACAUCACGGACACGGAGAUCUCGCUGCGAUGGGACCUGCCCAAGGGCGAGUACAACGACUUCGACAUCGCCUACCUGACGGCGGACAACCUGCUGGCCACCAACAUGACCACCCGGAACGAGAUCACCAUCAGCGACCUGCGGCCGCACCGGAACUACACCUUCACGGUGGUGGUGCGCUCCGGCACUGAGUCCUCCGUCCUCCGGAGCAGCUCCCCGCUCUCCGCCAGCUUCACCACCAAUGAGGCAGUGCCCGGUAGGGUGGAACGAUUCCAUCCCACCGAUGUCCAGCCCAGUGAGAUCAAUUUCGAGUGGUCGCUGCCCUCCAGCGAGGCCAACGGCGUCAUCCGGCAGUUCUCCAUCGCCUACACGAACAUCAACAACCUGACGGACGCCGGGAUGCAGGACUUUGACUCGGAGGAGUCCUUCGGCCUGAUCAAGAACCUCAAGCCGGGGGAGACGUACGUCUUCAAGAUUCAGGCCAAGACGGCCAUUGGCUUCGGGCCGGAGCGGGAGUACCGCCAGACCAUGCCCAUCCUGGCGCCGCCACGUCCCGCCACCCAAGUGGUGCCCACGGAGGUCUAUCGCAGCUCCUCGACAAUCCAGAUCCGAUUCCGGAAGAACUACUUCUCCGACCAGAACGGCCAGGUCAGGAUGUACACGAUCAUUGUGGCGGAGGACGACGCGAAGAACGCCUCUGGCCUGGAGAUGCCCAGCUGGCUGGACGUCCAGUCGUACAGUGUCUGGCUGCCGUACCAGGCCAUCGAUCCGUACUAUCCGUUCGACAACCGGUCCGUGGAGGACUUCACCAUCGGCACGGAGAACUGUGACAACCACAAGAUCGGCUACUGCAACGGUCCUUUGAAGUCGGGCACCACCUACCGGGUGAAGGUGAGGGCCUUCACCGGGCCGGACAAGUUCACGGACACGGCCUACAGCUUCCCCAUACAGACAGAUCAAGACAACACCUCGCUGAUCGUGGCCAUUACGGUGCCACUGACCAUUAUCCUGGUGCUGUUGGUCAGCCUGCUGUUCUACAAGCGGCGGAGGAACAACUGCCGGAAGACCACCAAGGACUCGAGGGCCAACGACAACAUGUCCUUGCCGGACAGUGUCAUUGAACAGAAUCGCCCCAUUCUGAUCAAGAACUUUGCGGAGCACUAUCGCCUCAUGUCCGCCGACUCGGACUUCCGGUUCAGCGAGGAGUUCGAGGAACUGAAGCAUGUGGGACGGGAUCAGCCCUGCACGUUUGCGGAUCUGCCCUGUAAUCGUCCCAAGAAUAGGUUCACCAACAUCCUACCCUAUGAUCACUCUCGCUUCAAGCUCCAGCCGGUGGACGACGACGAGGGCAGUGACUACAUCAAUGCCAACUAUGUCCCGGGACACAACUCCCCCCGAGAGUUCAUUGUGACGCAGGGUCCGUUGCACUCCACCCGGGACGACUUCUGGCGGAUGUGCUGGGAGAGCAACUCGCGGGCCAUCGUCAUGCUGACCCGGUGCUUCGAGAAGGGGCGGGAGAAGUGCGACCAGUACUGGCCCAACGACACCGUGCCGGUCUUCUACGGCGACAUCAAGGUGCAGAUCCUGAACGACAGCCACUACGCCGACUGGGUCAUGACCGAGUUUAUGCUCUGCCGGGGCAGUGAACAGCGCAUCCUGCGGCACUUCCACUUCACCACCUGGCCGGACUUUGGAGUUCCGAAUCCCCCACAGACCCUCGUCCGGUUCGUGAGGGCCUUCCGGGAUCGCAUCGGGGCCGAACAGCGACCCAUUGUGGUCCACUGCAGUGCCGGAGUGGGCAGGUCGGGCACCUUCAUCACCCUGGACCGCAUUCUCCAGCAGAUCAACACGUCGGACUACGUGGAUAUAUUCGGCAUAGUCUAUGCCAUGAGGAAGGAGCGCGUUUGGAUGGUGCAGACGGAGCAGCAGUACAUCUGCAUCCACCAGUGCCUCCUGGCGGUGCUGGAGGGCAAGGAGAACAUCGUUGGCCCCGCCCGGGAGAUGCACGACAACGAGGGCUACGAAGAUGACGAGGGUAUAGCUGAAUCGGGCAUGUAAGACAGCCAAUUCCAGAUCGAAACCCAUAUUCCAGUCCCCCCUGGAGACAAAAGAAUCCCCCGAAAAUCCAAAACUCAACCGAAUGGAACCGAACCCAACCAAUAUGUGUGGCAAAAACUACAUUAUUAUUUACUUAAGUGACGAUGGGAAGACGCUUGAUAUUAUACUUGGAUAUAUAUAUAUAUAUGUACCAUAUACUCUCCACACCGAUCUAUCGAAUGGGAAUGCAGAAAUCUCGCCAAACAAGAACGAAAAUAACUAGGAUUCUGAGGACUCUCAGGACUCAGAACUCCGAACUCAGAACUUGUAAUCGCAAAUCGUAAAAAUACUGGAUGAGAUACUGGAUAAUGGAAUACUGAUUGUAUUUUUACGCUAGCCACAAUUUGAUAUAAACUAUAUAUCUUCCAAUUUUUUUGUACACUUAAUGUUAGUUGAAAUAUGUAUGUGCGAGUGAAGCGAGACGAGCAAAUUUUUGUAGCAAACUAAAAAAAAAAAAAGCGCUAAAUGUUUACUUUUUUAUAUUAUUAUAUAUGUAUGCGUAUAUAUAUAUAUAUAAAUACGAUAAACAUAUACCUAAUAUUAGACAUAAACUAAAAACUAACUAUUAAAUCGCACACACACACACAACACCCACACACUGAACGCAAUAAUUGAGUUACAUAGUUUUAAAAAAAUUAAAAAAAAAAAUUAUAAAUGUUGAAACAUUUUUUCUGAUAGAGUGUUGUUGCCUUCCACAGCCCUUCAACAUUGUAGUAUACAUUUUUUUUUUAAUUCUCCCCCCCCCUUAUUGUUUAUAUUAUUUUUAUGAUUUUUUAUCGAGUGUGUAAACUAUUUAGUGUAUGUACGUGCUACAUUCAAUUUGUUUAAUUAUAUAUAUCAAAUUUUAUUUGAAA